UUGAAAUACAUGAAAUCACUGUAUCUUCGCUUGUUAAUCAGAAUAUACGUGCAGAUAAAAGAAAGGAAGCGCCACAUGAAUCACAUGAGAUCACCGAAUCAUCGUUUGUUAAUGGGAAUUUACUUGCAAAUAAGAAAAAGAAAGUGUCACAUGAAAUACAUGAAAUCACAGCAUCUUUGCCUUCUAAUAGUA